AUGUCGAUUACAAUUACAACAUUAGAUCAAUUAAAUGAAGUACUUUCAAAUAAUAGAUUUGUAGUUUUAGAUUUUUGGGCAGAUUGGUCAAAGCCAUGUUUGUCUAUGAACUCAAUAGUCGAUCAAUUAGCUACACAAUGUCCAAAGUUAAAGUUUGUAAAGAUUGAAGCAGAGAAAACAACUGAUAUAUCAUUAAAGUAUGACAUUAAAUCUGUACCAUCAUUCUUCUUUGUUAAAGAGAAGACAGUUGUAGAUUCGUUGGUUGGUGCCGAUCCAUCGGCUUUGACAAUGAAGUCGUUACAGCAUCACGCUAAAGCAGACGAUGGAAAGGAUUCAGGUGCAGCCGCUGCUACACCAUCUGCAGAGGUUUUGGGUCGUAUCAAGGAACAAGAGGAAGAGGAAAAGAAGAAAUUGAAAGAGAGAUUACAUUCAUUGGUCAAUCAACAACCAGUGAUGUUGUUUAUGAAAGGUACACCAGAAGCACCACAAUGUGGAUUCAGUUCAAAGACAGUUGCAAUUCUCAACAAAGACGGAUUUUCAUUUGGUUCAUUCAACAUCUUGGCUGACCCAGCGGUACGUGAGGGUCUCAAGGAAUAUUCAAACUGGAAGACCUACCCACAAUUAUAUAUUAACGGUAGUUUGGUUGGUGGAUACGAUAUUGUAAAGGAGAUGCACGAAGAGAAUGAAUUGGUAGCACUCAAACCAUAA